AAUCAAGCCCGUUAUCCUCGUGUAACAGAGCUUUGCGGCGGGUGAGAGCGCCAAAAAUGCAGAGAGCUUCUUCCAUUCUCUGCUCUUCAAAUCCACUUCCGGCUCUUCCCCCGACCUCUCACAGACUCGUCGCUCCGUUCCAAACUCGACCUACUCGUCCCGACUCAGUGCCCUCGCCCCUCCGGUUGCCCCUGACUCGUCUGCGCAAUUACCGCCUUGCCCUCCCUCCUCUCCACAGCACUGUCUCUGAAGAGAUUGUUGAGACUGCGACGGCGGAGUUAGGAUUCACUCAAGUUGGGUACAUAUCGAAUGUCCACGGGCUACAAGGGGAGAUUCGUGUGAAACCCAGUACUGAAUUUCCUGAAUUGCGGUUUUCCAAGCCUGGAAAAAGAUGGUUGAGACAGCAAGUAUCAGGCAGAGAAAUAAUUCAAGAAGUUGAGCUGGUGGAGGGAAGAGGACACCCUGGUCAGAAGAGUUGGAUACUGAGAUUGGGAGGAAUUGAAACAGUGGAUGAGGCCAGACAGCUAAUUGGUUCAGCUUUACUUGUGAGGGAAGAAGAUAGGCCGCAGUUGGAGGAAGGCGAAAUUUAUACCCGUGAUCUUGUUGGGAUGAAAGUUAUUCUUAAGGAAACUGGUGAACCUGUGGGAAGUGUUGUUAAUGUUUUCAACAGCGGAGCAAGUGAUCUUUUACAGGUCAUGCUCGAUACAUCUCUAGAUAUUGUUGAUUCAACUGGAAAACCAAAGCCAGCAGGAACAAGAUUAUCUGGUCACCUUGUGUGGAUACCAUUUGUCGAAGAAAUUGUUCCAAAUGUCGAUAUGAACAGGAAAGAAAUGCAGAUUACACCUCCAAAGGGACUCUUGGAACUAAAUUUACGCUUUGAUGAGAGGUCCAAGAAGGAAAGGCGCCAACUUGAAUGGAAAGAGAGAAAAAAGUUGCAGAAGCGCCUCAUAGCAGCAAAAAAGAAACUGUGUGAUAUGGAGCAAAAACAUGUGUUCGAUGGGUUAAGAUUUGGAGAGAAAGCACAAAGAAGCUUACUUGCUGAUCAGAUUGUUGCUGUAAAUUCGAAAUUGCUUCAACAGGCUCUAGAAAAUGUUCAGAUACCAUCCAAAAGAUGGAAUGUAACUGAGAUGAUCAAUGCCCUUAAAGCCAGAGAAACAACUAGCACUCUGGAAAUUUCAGAGAAAUGUCUCGUGUCUUCUGCAAGCAAAGAUAAGCUGGGUACACAUCUUCAUUUGCAAGAGAAAGGACUAGAUCUCAUAUCGAAAGGAAAAGUUGCCAUUGCUUUGGUUGUAAAUGACAAUGGAGAUCAGCAAGGACCACAACUGGCCUCUAACCCUGAUCUUGAAAAUUCUGAUGGCACUGAGACAAUAAUGUCGUCCUCUCUUCAGACAUUACUUUGUGACGAUCAAAGAUUUGUAAAGAUGGAAGAUCGUGUGUCAGUACCUUUGGUUCUGGUUUGCUCGGCCCAGACAGUUCAAUCUUUAAGGAUGCAUUUCUCAGAAAAUGAUUACUUUGGCUUCGUCCCUGAAAAGGUCUGGUUCUUAGAGGAAGAGAAACUUCCAGUUGUCAGCAAUUCAGUGGAAGAAGAAAAGAAGCAUAAGAUUUUGAUGAAAUCCCCUUGGGAAAUACUUCAAUUGCCGGUUGGAUCUGGCGGAGUUUUCAGUUUGCUUUCAUCAAACAAUAUUCCAGAGAAUCUCAGUGAAAUGGGUGUGGAGUAUAUUGAGGUUUGCAGCACCAAUCCUGGACACGUAGGUGCGAACUCGCUACUUCUUGGUUUUGUUAAUUCGUGGAAAUCUGACUUCGGGAUCCAAAUUUUCAAAGGCAGAAAGGAGGACUACGAGAAAAGUUUUGACUUUAUAUUCUCAACAAACUUGAUGACGAUGUUGACGAAACAAAUUGAUAAACUCCAGUUCUAUGCUACUCCGAAGCAGAAUUCGCAUGUUGAGAUGGCGGGAAAAGAAUGGGUGGACGUUACCCCCAGCUCUCCCAACUCUUAUGAGUUCGGUUGUUCAAUUUACAGCGCUUUAAAGGCCUGUCCUUCCAACAAGAUUUGUAUAAUGGAGGUUACAGAGUAAACCUUGUAAUUUUGGGUACCCAAAAGAUAUGAACAGAUGUGUAUACCAGUCUUUUCAGUAUAUAUGGAUAAAUAUAUGUUAUUUUUGGACUA